CGCUACUCCAGUCUGCCCCACGCCUCCACGCAGACGCGACCUACUCUAACUGUUUACUCUCGUCUCUUCACCAGAUUGCUCCUUUCGAAACACGCUAUCUAAUCUCCACUAAUAAACCAAAGGACAAGUUUAUCACAUUUAAGCAACAGGCAAACAAGCGGCGAAAGAAUUCGCUGUACGUAGGGCUUCGAAAAACGUUAUCGUAUCCUGAUAUAAAACACAAUAACAACAGUUCUCGAGUCAGUCAACAACGGUGCCUUCUCUGCAGCGGUCAAAAAUGAGACGCGCCGUUUUUUUGUUAAGUUUUUGCUGCUACUCGUUAGCGAAGAACUGCGAUGAGAGGUCCGUUACCGCGUAUUACAAAAAACCUAUCUAUGAGUUCUCGACUGGGCUUUUGGAUAGGGUUUCCCAGGAAACCGAUGGACAUUUCGUCUGUUCUCCGAUAAGUACGUGGGUGCAACUCGUGAACCUGGCACACGGCGCCCACGGAGCUACCCUCAAGCAGAUCUGGAAGGUGACCGGACACGGGAAGCCCUGUAUGCAAAAGAUUUUAAGAAAAACCCUCAACAGCAUAUACGGGGAAGUGAAUAACUAUAAAAGCCAAAGUUUAGUGAUAGUGGAUAAAUAUUUAGCAGUGAAAAAGAGCUUUAAAAAAAAAGUGGAAAAAUUGAAAACAGUUAAAGUGGUAUCUCUAGACCGGGAUACUCCUUACGAAUCGGCAGAUCAAGCGAGUGAAAUUAUAGAAAGAGCUACAGGUGUCCGGAAUAGUGUCGACCCGUUCGAGUUUAAGCUGACUUCUUUGAUCUUGGCUGAUGCGGCUACAUUCAAAGCCGCUUGGCGGCAGCCUUUCGAUCCUGGAUUUACAACUGCGGAGCCUUUCUACCACGGAAGCGCAAAGGUGGGCGAAGUGAAUAUGAUGUCCAGCAUAGGAUACUUCAACUACGUAAACUUAACUGCCAUUAAUGCUGAAGUUAUAGAGCUGCCCUGCGUCGACGACCGUCGCAUGCUAAUAUUCCUGCCCACAAACGGGACUAUCAAAGAUUUAUUUUUCCACAUGAAGCGAAUAAGGAUAGCGACUAUAUUCAACCUGUUCAAGAAGUCUGGAAACAAGCUGGUGGUGUUAAAGUUGCCUAGGUUUAAGAUAAGCAGUGAGCUGGUGAAUUUGCCGGAGCUGAUCAGUGAUAUGGGUGUGAAGUAUAUCUUUAGGGCUAGCGGUAACCUGAAGGGUAUAAGUGAGUUUCCUAUCCGAGUGAACAGGAUGAAACAAGUGGUGGAUCUGGAGGUGACGGAGGAGGGAGUGGCGGGGGAGAUCGUGCAGAACCUGAUUAAUCCUAAAGUGGAGCCGAUUAAGUUUGAGGUGAACAGGCCGUUCGCUUUUAUGCUGGUGGAUAGACCGACUGAAAUGGUAUUGUUUGCUGGUGUGUACUCUAUCCCUACAAUGUACUAGUUAUAGUCUCUUAUGCCCAGCUACAUGAUAUGUACAAAGAGUUUUAUGAAUGCAUAUACAUAUUAUUGAACUUUCUUUGAUGUUCAGAAAUUCCAAGUUGCGAUUGCGAUAUCUCUUUGCUGACACUGUUUCACUGUUUCCAAUUGAUAAGACUUCUAUUUAACUGACACUAGACAUAAGUCCAAUAAAAUUACUUUAUUUGUCAGACAUAUUAUAAAUUUUAAUAUCGUUGGGUAUUCAAAUUAAGAACUUGAAUUUUGCUAUACUCAGAAUUUCACAGAUAAGCUUAUAAUAAAGUAGUUUAUCUUUAUACUGGCCGUAAUUUGUGGUUUUUGAACACAUCGUAUUUUUCAUAUUUUUUAUGAUAUGUGCGUAGAUAUAAUUUAGGUGAGUGUGAUUUUGAGUGUGAUACAAACAAAGGAAGGUUAAUGUCCUAGUCGUCGUCUGUAGAAAUAAUGUCGUGUUCCGACACUACAAGGUCUCUUAGUACUUUUAGUAGGUAAUGACCUAAAAGUUUAUUACUUACUAUUCACGUCUUGUUUUAGGUUGCAACUUUACCUUGAGUAUUUACUGGAGAAUCUCUGCGUUAAUUGUAUUUAAUUACAUAGCAAAAGGUACAUAACGAGCUUACCUACUGUAGGUACGGUAUGUAUAUUCAAAUAUUAUUAUAAAGUAAAAAAAAAACAAUAAUAUUGCCUGCCAAUGCUUAAUUUAAAAAAAAAGACUCGUAUGAAACAUAAAUUAUUUAGGUAUUUUUUUUGGGGUGAUUUAAUUUUCGAAAUAAUAUUUUCCGUUAGUAUUUAAAGUAUAAAAUAUGCCUGUUUUGAAAAUCUCCUUCCUGUAAAUGUUUCAAUUGCAAUUAUAUUUCAGAUGUAGCAAAAUAAAAACGCCAUUUAUUUACCAAAAGAGUAAAAAAAAAGAUAGCAAAUAAAAAACCGGUCAUAUUGUUAUAGUCAAAACCAAAACAUAAUUUAUUCAAGUAGGCUCUACCUAGGAACAAGGUUUUUCGUAUCGAAGCUUAAUACACAUUCUUUUAUGAUGUACUUACUACCUACUUACUUAAUGUUUAGGAAUGUAAUGCUUAUUGACUGUCAAUUGAUCUUCAAUCAAAACUUUAUGAUGUAUACCUACGCUACCUAACUACAGUACCUAUAAGUCUACACUCAACUCCGUAGUAAUGAUAUGAGACACUAAAUAAAUAAAUAAUUCUUAUUGUGUUUCUUGCA